AUGGAGAACGCUGAUAGAAAGCUUGUUGAAUUAUACAUCCCACGUAAGUGCUCUGCCACCAACCGUUUGAUCACUGCCAAGGAUCACGCUUCCGUCCAAAUCAACAUUGGUCACGUCAACUCUGAAGGAUGUUACACUGGUGAACAAACCACUUUCGCCUUCUGUGGUUUCCUCCGUAACAACGCCCAAUCCGACGAAGCUCUUAACAGACUCGCUCAACAAAAGGGUUUCCUCAAAUCAUCAUUACCAACUUGCUUGAUUAUUAUUGAUGUUCUACAACAUGUGAAAGAGAACAACAUCUACAAAUCUUCUUAUAUCAUUCAUAUCUUAUCUGUCUUGCUGCUGCUCAUUCAAAUAAUGUCAGGAGGAGGUGCACAAGAAGAAGAACAUACUAGUCAACAACAUCAACAACCACAACAAUAUCAGCAAUACCAACAACUUCAACAACAAUAUCAAUUGAUAGAUGAUUCAAUUUUAUGUUCAGAUCAUGGUAUUCCAUGUCAAGUAAUUGAACCUUCACGAGAUGGACUUUUUAAAGAUUCAACCAUCUUUAUCUGUCCUAUAAAAGAAUGUCAUUACUCUUUAAUGUUCAAUAAUCUACAACAACAACAACAAAGUCAACCAUCUCAACCAUCAACAACCUCUCAGCCAUCUCAACCAACCUAUCAAACAACCUUUGGUCAACCAAGUCAAAUCUAUUUUGAAGAGGAAGAAUUAAAUGUUGUAAAACAAGAACAACAAGAACAAGUAAAACAAGAAGAACUGAAACAAGAAAUAACAACUACAACGACAACUACAACAACAACAAAUGGACAUACAUUAAAUUAUAAUUUCUAUGAUAAUAAUAAUGUUGUUAAAAAGGAGGAGGUAGUGGUAAAACAAGAGGAUCAUGAUGAUACAUCAAAUGUAUCUUUAUCAUUUCAUGAUGAUAGAAUAUUUGAAAUUAGUUCCGAUGAUGAUGAAGAAAAUGUUAAAGUUAAAAAACAAGAACAUCUUGCAAUUGAUUUGGAUAAUGAUGAUGAUGAUAGCGAUUAUUUAUCACAACAACCAUCAUCUCAAUCACAACAACAAAAAAAGAUAUUUACACCUACUCCACCAAUUUAUCAAGACAAGGUUAUUGAUUUGGAUAAUCAUAUAGACAUUCCAAAUCAAAUUUCAACAACAACAACAUCAAACCAUAUCAAUACCUCUACUACUACUUCUACUACUACCGCUACAACAUCACAUAUAAUAGAUAUAGAACCAAUUAUUUCACAUUCAAUAUCAACAACAAAGAAAACGAUUUGUAGGAUGGGAGGAGAUAUAUUGGUAGAUUUUCAAUUGAUUGAUCAUGAUUUGGUUGGAACUACUUAUAUUGUACCACAUGCCAAAGGGACAAGAAAGAUUAUAUCAUUGAUGCUCGAGUUUGGAGCUCGUGCAGAUCGUGAUCAAAUCUAUGUCAUGCCACUUGGCCAAUACCAUCAAAUGCGAGCCAAGAUUGUUCAAGAGAGGAUUAUAAUGGACCAAGUUCAGAUUAGUUACAUUCCAAACAAUGUAUUUUCAUUUAUCGAUCGACACCAACAACAACAACACGAAACAUCGGAAAUAUCAAAAAAGGAUUUGGAAAAGAGGAUACCAAAAGCAUUGCUCGAUUCAUUGUUGCCAUUUCAAGCAAGAGGCGUAUUGUUUGGCGUCCAACAUAAUGGACGAUGUAUGAUUGGCGAUGAAAUGGGUCUUGGCAAGACGAUACAGGCGUUGGGUAUUGCCAGCUACUUUAGGUCGUAUUGGCCACUACUGAUUAUUUGUCCAAGUUCACUUCGUCACAAUUGGUCCAAAGAGGUGCAGAGAUGGUUUCGAUCAGAUAUCACACAACAAGACAUUUCAAUCAUGAUGUCGGGUGAUAAUAGUGCCGAUCAAUUGGUUAAUAUCGUGUCUUAUGAUUUGGUGACACGAGUCUAUAAAAAGAAAUUGGCAAAUCAACAUUUUAGAGCCAUCAUUUGUGACGAAUCACAUUACCUCAAAAAUGUCGAUGCCAAGAGAACGUCGGCUGUACUCAGUCUGGUGCAAAGCGCAACCAUCCGUAUUCUAUUGACUGGCACACCCGCACUUUCACGUCCCAUCGAGUUGUAUCCUCAAUUGGCUGCAUUGGACGCACCCAUCUUUGACAAGCAGGAAGACUUUGGCAAACGGUAUUGUGCGGGUGUAAAGGGUCGGUAUGGCUGGGACUUUAGUGGAAACUCACAUCUUGCCGAACUCCACUAUCUUCUCAGAUCCGUCAUGAUUCGUAGACACAAGCAUUCAGUGCUACGAGAACUCCCACCAAAACAUCGGUCACAGGUAGUGGUCGAUGUUCCACGUGACCACCAACUAUUGUACGAACAAAAGGCUGCACUUGUAUUCUCACGUUCAAACAAAGAGUCAAUGGUGAGAAAGGGAGCGGCUGGAGAGAAUGAAAGAGCACAUGUUAUGGAUCUCUAUCUGCUGACUGGACAGGCAAAGUUGGCAGCUGCUAAAAGCUACACGACUCAAUUGAUCUUGGAAAACAAGAAAUUCCUCCUAUUUGCUCAUCAUUCCGAUGUGUUGAAUGGAUUGGAACAAGAGAUUAGGUCACAUCAAAUAUCUUACAUUCGUAUUGAUGGAUCGACUCCACCUGCAGUCAGAGAGGCCAAUGUCACACGUUUUCAAAAUCAACCCAAAUGUCAAGUGGCCCUUCUCAGUAUAACUGCCGCUGGAACAGGACUCACAUUGACCGCUUCCUCACUUGUCGUCUUUGCAGAGCUCUAUUGGACACCCGGUGUUUUGCGACAGGCAGAAGAUCGUGUUCAUCGUAUCGGUCAGAAAAAUGAAGUAAACAUUCACUAUCUCAUUGGCAAAGGUACCCUAGACGAUAGAAUUUGGCCAAUGAUUUGUAACAAAUUGGAAGUCAUAGGUGAAACUCUUGAUGGUCAAGAAGAAAAGUUAUUAACUAAUCAUUUAGAUUUAAGAGGAGCUUUGGAAAUGAAUGAAAUUGUAAAUAAUACAAAAAUAGAAACUAUCAAACCAUUUAAUAAUGUAAAUAUAAAUAAUUAUUUUAAUUUUAAUAAUAAUAAUAAUAAUAAUAAUACGGGACAACAACAACAACUACAACUACAACGACAAAAUCAACAACAAUUACAAAUUCAACAAAAACAACCAAUUCAAACUGUAAUAGAUGUUGAUGAUGAUGAAACCUUUUUUACUUUAAUUGGAGAUGAUCCCUCAAUGUCAUCAUUUUAUCAAUUAAUGAAGGAAUCACAAACAGAGAAAUAUCAAGAUUUGGAUGAUGAUGGUGAAGAUGAAAGAUUAGAAUCAAAACAACCAUCUAAAAAAAAAGGAACUUUAUUAUUUAAAGAUCAUAAUAAUAACGCUAGUUCAAUUGAUAAUAAGAACUAUAAUCAAAAUAAUAAUAAUGGUGAAAAUAAUAGUAAUAAUAAUUCAUUUGUUUAUUCAAUUAAUAAUAAUAAUCAUUUUAAUAAUAACCAUGUCAAUCCAUACCAAAAUCUAAAUAACCAUAUAAAUCAAUAUAAUAAUCAAAAUAAUAAUAACACCAAUAUUUAUAAACAAUUGAUUCAACAACCAGCGCCAUCAACAAAACCACCAACUAAAAGUAGUCAUAAAAGUAGCAGUAAAAUAGUUUCAUACAUUAAUUUGGAUGAAGAAGAAGAAAUUGAAGAAGAGUCUAAUAAUAAUAAUAAUAAUAAUAUUUAUAAUACUAAUAGAAAUAAUAAUAAUAAUAAUAAUAAUAAGAGUAAUAUUUUAUCAUCAAUUUUACCAUCAAAUAUUAACCAUAAUAGUAAUAGUAAUGGUAAUAAUAGUGGUAGAUUUUCAACAAACAUACCACCAACCUAUUUUAAUAACCAAGAAUCUCCAACAAAAAAGAAAUUGGUGAUGAUCCAACCAAGUACUAUUUUAUCAUCAUCAAAACAACAAUCAUAUCAUUCAAAUUCUUUGUUUGGUCAUAGUAAUAAUAUUAAUAAUGGUACAUAUGAACAUAAAUAA